AUGUUAAGUGCCGAAAUAAACGAUAUCAUGGAAGAACGAAUAGACUUUGGAAUAACAGACGGUAAAGAAUACGCCCUUAUAUCAAAACCUAACUAUAGUCUGAUAUCAAAAUUGAAGACAGCGGCAAAUUUGAAAGAAGCCGCGUCUACCGUUUGUCGUUUUUAUCCUGGACAGUGUUGUUGGAACCCUAGAGUAGUGCGCGUUUGUCGUGACGGUUCACAACGGGAAGAAAUGAAGCGGUAG